CACGUCUACUAAUCUGUAUUGAUCCGCUGCUUACUUGUAAAUACUUAGUUGACAGAUGUUGUAAUCACGUGAUAGCAUUUCGUUGUUAACAUCAGUAGGUUGAGCUUUUUUUAAAAAUAGAAAUUAUGUGUCUAUGUGUCCAUUAUUAUUCAUUUUUAGUAGAAUUACCCCUGCCUGUGAGGAGGUGUGAAAAUAAAAGUGUUCAAACCUGCUGUGAUUAUUUCCCCUUUGUUAUUCUUGAUUGAUUGGAUACUUUUGACGGCCAGUUAUGUCAUGGAGUUUACUUGGUAGAUUUCAACACUAGGUUACUUGGGAGUAAAUCUCUGAAUUCGAAAGGGAUCAAUGAUUAUUUCCAGAAGAAUCUUUGAGUCAGAACCAGUCCGACGCUAAAAAUCCUCUGACCACAAACGUCAUCAAUUGAGCCAUUUUGUUUUGUUUGUUUUUUUUAAGAUAAUGAUCUUACAAUGUGGAUAAGUAUAUGCCAUCCAGAGCUCACGGCGGCGUUGCUGUGGGAAUUGGCUCUGUAGAUCUAGGAAUACUUUCCUUACGGAGUUUCUUUGUGGUGCCUUGUGGCUCUUGUUUUUGUGUCCCCAUCCUCCGUUAGUUGGCCCGACAAUGGCCGGCAUCUUCAGGCGUCGUCGUGGUUUCCUGGUGAAGCUAGUCCUCGUUGUGCCCGUUCUGUACAUCAUCUCGCUCUUCGUGUUCAGCAAGCGUUCAUUUCCGCCCUCCGACACCGACCUGUCCAAGGGCGAUGAGGUCAAGGCCCAGCCCAGAGCGGCGGAAACGAAGGCCCCGGCCGUGAUGGAGGUGCCGAAAAACGUUGUCGACCCCCAGUUGGACUUCAGGCGGCAGGACAACGCUGUUAAAGAUGUGGUGGAGCAUGUGGCCACCAUGAAACAAGAGCGUAGUGUAGAGGAGCGUAAACAGGAGGUUGUGAAUAAGCCGGAACCAGAUCAUGACCCUAACGGUCCAGGCGAGAACGGGCAAGGCAUCAACAUCGAGAAAGAGAAAUUAGCUGAGGAAGACAGGAAGAAAUAUGACGAGGGCUGGAAGAAGAAUGCCUACAACCAGUAUGCCAGUGACAUGAUGUCACUUCACAGGAGCCUGCCAGAUGUCAGGGACAAAGAAUGUCUCAGUCAGCAGUACAAAUCUGUCCUUCCAGACACCAGUGUAGUCAUCUGUUUCCACAAUGAGGCCUGGUCUGUCCUGCUACGAACAGUGCACAGUGUUAUUGAUAGGACACCCCGCCAUCUCCUGAAAGAGAUCAUCCUGGUGGAUGACUUCUCAGACAUGGAUCACCUAAAGAAACCUCUGGAGGAUUAUGUGGCUAAACUUGGUAUUGUGAAGAUUGCUCGCAUGAAGCAGCGAGAAGGGUUGAUUCGUGCACGUCUCACAGGCUUUGCCGUGGCUACUGCUGAUGUGGUGACCUUCUUGGACUCACACUGCGAAUGUACUGAAGGCUGGCUGGAACCACUUCUGGAUCGUAUUGCUACCAAUGAAACUAUUGUGGUGUGUCCUGUCAUUGACGUCAUUGAAGAUGACACACUUAAAUAUCAGUAUGGCAGUGCCAAGGCCACCAGCAUUGGAGGUUUUGACUGGAACUUACAGUUUUCUUGGCAUGCUAUUCCAGAGUAUGAGCGUCAGAGACGAAGUAGUGAUAUAGCUCCUAUCAGAUCUCCAACAAUGGCUGGUGGAUUGUUUGCCAUAAGCAGGAAAUACUUUGAGAAACUUGGAACUUAUGACCCAGGCAUGGACAUCUGGGGGGGAGAGAAUCUGGAAUUAUCUUUUAGAGUCUGGAUGUGUGGAGGCAGUUUGGAAAUAGUGCCAUGUUCACAUGUGGGGCACAUCUUCAGGAAAAGGUCGCCAUACAAAUGGAGGACUGGUGUGAAUGUUGUGAAGAAAAACUCUAUUCGUCUUGCUGAGGUCUGGAUGGAUGAAUACAAAAACUACUACUAUGAACGCUUCAGUUAUGACUUGGGUGAAUAUGGAGAUGUGAGUGCCAGAAAAGAGUUGCGCAAAAAUCUCAACUGUAAAAACUUUGAGUGGUAUGUGAAAAAUGUUUAUCCAGAUUUGUUUGUACCAGGAGAUGCUCUGGCUUCAGGAGAGAUAAGGAGUAAAGCCAAACCAAUGUGUAUUGACAGCCCAGCUGACCAUCACAAUUAUCAUAAACCUGUCAACAUGUGGCAGUGUCAUAAUCAGGGAGGAAACCAGAUUUCUCGAACAUUGUAUUGGAUGCUUAGCAAGUUAGGGGAAAUAAGAAGAGAUGAAGGAUGCUUAGACUACUCUGGUGGAGAAGAUGUGAUUAUCUACCCUUGUCAUGGUCAGAAAGGAAAUCAGGAAUGGAUUUACAAAGAGGACAACACUCUAAUGCAUGCCAACACCCACAAGUGUGCGGAGGUUUCUGUGGACGGCAAGAAGCUUACUAUGAGAUCUUGUACUGGCAUUGACAGACAGAUCUGGUUUUGGAAGAGGAAGAUUACAGAUGGAGCAGCACAUGUAUAAUGAAAGUAGUUCUAGAACGAAUGUUGUCCUCAAUGUUCAAUGUGAUAAUCUUUUUUUUUUCUUUACUUUACACACUGACUUUUUUUUUUAGGGUUCUUUUAGAUGACUUUUUUUUUAGGGUUCUUUUAGAUAAAUUUGAGUUAGGCAUUUUCAGAAACAAUUUGAAUUUGUACAAGUAAAUGAUUAUUCUUUAAUUGAAUCCCUUAUUUUGUAAACAAUUUUAAUUGACAAGUCAUGUCCAUAUAGCUAAUAGUUCAAGUUUCCAUAGUUAAAAUUGUUUAGGGAUUUGGGUACACCAGAGACAUAUUAUAGUAGUAAUUUUUAGAACUAGUCUAACAAGGAUGUGAUACUACAACCUUUAUGUUCUCACUUGUUUGGUUUGCCACUUCACAACCCUGUCCACAUAAUGGAUAGGUCAAGCACAAAGAUGUGAUAGCUAUGAAAGCGUUGUACCAAGUGAGCUCUAGAUGCAUACUUUAUGAAAGGCAAACAGUUUCUCUGAAUUCCUUAACAAACUUUGUAGGUACUGCAGUUGAAGCUCAUUAUGUUUAUUUUUCAUGUUCUACAAUCUUUGAUGGGAUCACACUUUCAAUCUUCUAUAUUGUGACUGAUACUACACUAUAUAAAACACUAUAGGACAAAAUAUUUUUAAAUAUAUUUUUACAAUGCAACAUUCAUUUGAAGACUACCUUGGUUAUAGUUCUGUAUUUUUUUUAUUUUUUUUUAUAGUUCAUACCAAAAAUAAUGACUUUGAAGUUGGGAUUUUCUUUUGUUUUUUUAAUUUCUAACCAAACUCAAAUAUAGAUUUAUUGAUUAACCUUCUCUAUGAUUCAAUUGUAUACUAAUCUUAAAACACUAUUUGUUUUAUACUUUUAUUAUCAAUUAAUCUCUCUAGUUGAUGUUACUAUGUUGCUAAAACUAUAACUCUAAAAGUUGAUAAAACUAUUGUUGAACUUCUUGUUUGAUGACUGCCUCAAGUUGGUUUCAGCCCUUAUAUUGCCUUCUAUGUGCAUAAGUUUCUCAAUUUUGUUUCAUUUCUGUUAUUGCAAAUAUUUAAGUUGAGCAUGUUUGUUUCCUAAUGGUUCAAGUUUGUUUUUUUUUAUUUUCAAAGAGGUGUCUGUAUUUCACUUGGACUGACUUAAGUAUGAAAGUUGUUUGUAAAUUAAAAGCAUAUGUAUGAAACUCGGAAGUACUAUUUAUUUUGUUAUGCUCUAAUUAAUACUUUUUGUUUAUACUUAGAAGUUAGCCCAAACUAAAAUGCCAUUGCUAUUACUAUUGCUAUUAUUUUGACCAAAAUUAGUUGAUUUCAAUCUAGUUUUUAAUGUUUCCUUAUUAUUUGGUGAGAAUUUAAUAGUGUAAGUUAUUCAUGUUUUUUUUUCAAAUAUAAAUGAAAUCUUAAACAAAUAGCAUUUCCUGAAUCAAUAUGUAUGAAAGUUUGAUUUAUCUUUGAAUUACAACUAUAACUAUAAGCAUGUUUUAUUUAAAGCUACUGUUGACUAAGCCCACCUUUUUUUUUUUUUAAGAAUUUAUGGCCACAAUGCUUGGUAAAUGAUUUUGGUGGUUGGUUUCAUAUCAGGAUUAUUUUAGAGUGAUGGUUUCUUAAAUGAAAGAAGCAGCUGAUUAUUUGCUGUGCAACAUGUAUACUAUCAUUUUGUUUUUACAGCAUGUCAACAAAUAUUAUAUUGUUUUUAUUUGAAAUCACAGACAAAAACUAAUAUAAAUUUGUAAAAGCCAUUUUCACUUUAUGUUGAUUGUGGUUGCUGUGCUGUGUACCUCAGACUUACAGAGGCAGUGGACUUACGACAUUCCAUUGUUUGUUGAAAUUAUUUCAAUCACUUGAAUCAUCUUCUCAUUAGAAGAACUCUUGGUUGGUUACUAACAGAGAAGAUUGCCUCCCUUUUUUUUUUUAAACUGUCAACAAACUUGCUUAGCAUAAUUGAUGACUGCUUUCUUUAGUUCUGUGUAUCAUGGGAAGUCAUCAGACAUUUCUGUUUAAGUUAUGUGUUCAGGGUUUGUUUAGUUCUGUGUAUCAUGGGAAGUCAUCAGACAUUUCUGUUUAAGUUAUGUGUUCAGGGUUUGUUUAGUUCUGUGUAUCAUGGGAAGUCAUCAGACAUUUCUGUUUAAGUUAUGUGUUCAGGGUUUGUUUAGUUAUGUGUUCAAGGUUUUGUUCUGUUCUCACACUCAAGCACAACAUUUAGUGGACUCAACAAAGCCUAAACAUUUAUCCGUUCCUCUUGCCAAAAUGUUAUUUAUUAAAGUACAGGAAAAAUAAAUGUUUCAAAUUAUAUUAGGCUCUUUACAAGAUAACCUUAUCAGUUUAUAGUCACUUUACAAGAUGGCCACAUCAGUUCAUAGCAUUCUUUAGGGAUUUUUUCAUCCAUUUCACUUUGCUACAAGUUUUCAUUGAGCUGUUUAAGAAAUUGUGAAUCAAGUGUUUGUUUUCAGGAUCAUCAGUUGUAUGUUCCUUGUCACUUGAGCUAAAGAAUGUUUAAUUUAUUGGAGAUCAUUCAAAGUACUGAGUCUGAGAGUACAUUCACUGUACAUAGUGAUGUGUGUUUUAUUUUAGUUCACUAAUGACUAGUGGGAGAUAAGGUAUGACAGGUUAAGGAAUUUAAUCUGAGGUUGAUGACUGUUGAUUUUUUAAAUUUUUUUUUUUGCUUGAUAUAUUUGCAUUCUGAUCAUUAAUUUUGGUGUUUUCAAUUAGUAAUAACUUGAACUUAUAACCAUAUGAUCAUGCUUUCUCAUAAUUUGUUACACUGGUGAUUUUUAUGGUUUGCAAAACCAUAAUUCAUUAAUCUGAGUGAAUUAUUGCCCUUUGAUUCUAAUUCUGAACUAUUUUCCUUCUUGGCUAUUUAAUUUCAUGUAUUCAUUAGUUUUUCCUUUCUUAAUAUUUUACUGUACCAUUUCCCAUCAUGCACUGGUAGUGAGGACAUUGCUGUUCUUGAGGUCAACAUAGAAUCAGUCCUUGAGUAAAUGUGUCCAUAUAUCUGAGACUGCUGAUCUGAACCCUCUAUAAAUAUUUAUAUCUAUACUUACAAUUGUAUCCAAUUCAUCAUAUUGACAUUAUUAUGACCUAGAUGCCUCUCUCUACCCAACCAAGCCAUUCCCCCCCCCCCCCAUAUCAUUUCAUUGAACCAUGUCAGUGUGUACUUCUGUUGAUGUAUUUGAAGAUUUCAUCAUUUAGAAAACCAGUUUCCAGCCAUGACCUACUUUAUCCAUCUUUAGGAAAUCCUUGUUAUUUUUAUUUCUGUCUCUUCAAAUCUUGUUUUGUUUUCAACGUUUAGACAUUUCUAUGAAUGUUCUGAAUUGAAUGAAGCGAUGAAGCUAGGUGAUUGCAUGUGCUAAGAUGUUGGCAACAAAGAGUUUUCUUCAAGUUUCUUUGAGAGUUGUAUUAUUUCUAAUUUAUUUGCAAAUCUUUUUUUCAUUGUUGCUUAUAAUUUUAAAAUGUGAUUUAAUAUGCAAAACAAACAAACAAAAACAAAAGAAAAAAAAAUUUCUUUAUAAAAUAAGCAUUACAUGAAUUUUUUUUUUCUGACAAAUGCGAUGUCACAACAAAAAUAUUUUGUUUUUUUACCUUUUUAGAGACUGGUGAAUUAAUAUAUCACCUAAACUUAUAUCAAGUAAAUGCAGUGAUAUGGUUGACUGUAGCUAAUUUUCUUUUUAUCCUUGAAAUGUUUAAGAUCUAAUAAUUUCACAACUAUCUUGGUUUGACUAUUAAAUAUUGAAUCAACUAGUUAGGAAACUAUUUUGUACUAUUACUGCUCUCUUUAUUCUAUUCCAUUCAAAACUUGUGUUUGAUUUGCUAAUAAAAAUGUUUGAUGCAAGAAUUACAGCUACAAAAAUAUUUAUUUAUGAAAUCAAUGUAGUUCACACACAAAGUACAGUAGGAUACUUUUAAAAGAUGCAUGGAAAAAAAAAGGAUUAUGAAUGGUGUAAGUUUAGUUUCAUAAAUAGAAUGCUAUAAAGUAUUCUUUAGUUUCUAAUUAUGGCACCAAACUGUUAGCUUUACCCUUCAGUUGGAUGUGAUAGAACUUGUUUUUUCUUUCUUUGGAUAACAUCCCAUGCACAUCUUGCAAUAUGCAAUUGUCACGUAGACCAUUGAUGAGAUUGUGUUUUUGUGUUGAGUUUUGAAUGACCAAGUGUUCUGGGAAUGUGAGGGAAAAGUAUUGAGUAGAAUUGAUAUUUGUUUUGUGUUAAGCUGGAGUUUUAUUUUUGAACCAAUGUUUUAUUCAUGUCUUGAAAGUGCCUUCCUAUUGAACUAAUUAAACAAAUACUUCUUUUA